AUGCUUAGUCCUUCACUGCAGGCAUCUGGUCAACGCGUCCGAACCGCCGAUGUUAACCCUGGUCUCGACCCCGACUCCUGGUUAGAGUCGAUUCCAAGCAUUGAUUCUCACCCUGAACAAGAGGCAAGGGGUGAGCCGUCCCCGGUUACUGAUGACGGGUCGAUGGCUGGGCAAGUGUUAGCAUCACCUGCGUCGACGCAAGGGCAUCCAGAAGGCCUCAGAGAAAUCCUUCAGACUGGCGACAUUCGGAAGCAUCCGUAUGUUCGACUGCCAGUGCUGGAGGAAGAUGUUGUUCCUAAAUGCAUCCGAGUAUCUGCCCUCUUUAGUAAAGACCAAAAGACGUUUUAUCAAUAUGGCUAUCUUGUCACAGUGCGGGAACUACUUCAUCGCAGGAAACUCAGCCAAGAAGAUGCAGAUUCUCUUGUACAGACAAUCGAGCGUCUGGUGGCCACAUCCUGGUUUAAAAGCAAAAAAGGACCAACCGGGCCGUCUCCCAUUUGUAUUGUCGAUACUUUAGGCAUGUAUUUCUUGGCGUUCGAUGCCAUCAUCUGCGCUGUCGAACUUCUGGGGGACGCCAUGCAACUCCCUCUCUGGUGGGAGAAAUUCACAGCAAGCUUCACCACGAGUUUUCCCCUGGCCUCUCCAGGGUCACGCGGACGUGAAGUUACGAGAUUUCACAUCGUUUUGGCAAGACGCCUUUCCGCUGCCCUCGAGAUUUACAAAAGGGGAAUGCGCCCUCCACUUCCGGAAGUAGUAACCCUGAAAAAACUGCUAUUCUGCUAUCCACUCGGCCGUCAUAAAUUCAAAAGCCUGUACUGGGCUCCGUGGCGAAAGGAUGGAGGGUGUUAG